CGCCUUCGUCUCUAAUCGACGUCACACAGCUACUGAAGCGGUAACAGAGGAGAAAUCAUGGUGCGCGUCUCCUUCUAUAGGAACUUUUCCAAGCAGCGUGGAAACGACGCUUGCAGUCUCGGUCUCAUACAUAAGCGCACCGCGAGCUCUUGAGAAACUUCCACCGCUACUGUAGAGUCUUCUGCUUCCAUUCUUCGCUUUUGGAUACACAGGAGCAAUUGGGGUUUGAUAAAAAUGCCGGAAGAUUUCUCUUCAGAGCGUCCCCUAUUCGGGGGCGCUAUAGUUAGCACAUUCCCUCUUAGGUUCCAGGACGUGAGCAACAUCCGACAAGUCCCCGAUCAUCAGGAAGUGUUUGUGGAUCCAUCUCGGGAUGAAAGCUUGAUCUUUGAGCUUUUAGAUUUCAAGCACGAUGUUGGAGACAGUGGAAGUGCCGUCUGGUUCCUCCAAGACCUUGCCUCUGAGCAGGAUGCAGAGGGAAACAUGGUGAUUGAACAAUCUGGAGUGAUCGAGGCACCAGGAUUGUGUUUUGGAAAUAUAACUUCUGUUGUUACAACUGCAGUUGGUCAAAUGGCAAUUUCAAAGGGCCGGCAAGGAAGAGAAGCCCAAAAUAUUGUCCGGGUUUAUUUGGCGAAUCUACGUCUUAAAGGAGUUGGUACAGAUGUGCUAAUCUGUGCAUAUGAACCCAUUCUUAUAAAUCCUUUGAGCGAAAGUGCUAGCUCAGUUUGCUCUGGUUUGGCCACUCCUGCUUCACAAAUCGGAUGCAUGCCAAUGCCUGAGGUAUUCAAACUUGCAGUCUCCAGCUUUAAAGUCAAUGACCGGAGCCUCUUCGGCGCGCCUGCCUAAUCUAUUCAAAGAGGAGAUGGUCUCGGCCUUCAUUCUUAUUUCAUUGGGAUGUUUAAGUAGGAAAGUAAUAGCAAAGUAGUCGACAUUUCAUUGAGUUUUUAGUGCUGCAUUUUUCUUGGGUUUUGAUUUGUAGUUAAGAUAUGAAGUAGAAUAUGUACAUGGUAGAAGAGAACAUAGCCAAGGUCAUGGCAGCACCCCCACUUCUAACUUUUAAGGUGGACAAAAUAGAACAAGCAUUAGCUGUGUGUCUAAGGACCCAUAUUUUGCACCAGUGAAUCACGUGGCAAACAAAAGGUUUUGAAUAUUAAAGCAUA